GUUUUUUUUUUCUCGCGUGGAAAAAUAAUACAGUAGCUUGUUGGUAUACAUACAACACACUGCCGAUGAAUCAGUAGGGAGUCGUCCGUAGUUCAUAGUACCCAGCCCUCAAAAUUUAAGCAUAUAUAGGUCUGAUGUUCCUACGUUACUGUAUCAUUUACCGAGAUACUUUACUUUGCGAAAAAUGAAGAUGAGGAUGCCCGACGCACUCCAUUGUGUGCUCGCACUGCUCUUCCUAUGGAUGGCAACGGUGCAAGCAUCCGGCCCGCAGAGAAGCCGAGCGGCGAACGCCACAGCUCCAUCUGCCGCCACGCUCGCUGCUUGUCCAAAGGGCUGUGGCGACCUGAGAUUCGAAUACCCCUUCGGCGUUGGGGCCGGCUGCUUCCGGCAACCAGACUUCGAACUCAUCUGCGACCAUCACGACAAGACGAUGCCUCAUCGACUUUUCCUCCACGACGGCACCACGGAGGUCAUCAACGACAUCAUCGCCCCAGGUUUUGGUUCUUACAACCGCUACCAGGAUGUUGAUAUACAGUUUUCACAUGUCAUCAGCUUGAAAUCUGGUUUGAAUGAGUACACCAUGUCCUGGAAAGCACCUGGGAGGUCCUUCAACCUUGAUACUGCAUAUUUUGAUAUCACUGGUUGCGACUUUGAUAUCUACCAGCUCGAUCGUGACCUGAACACGGGCCAGAGGCUUUGCACAGCUAGUUGUCCGAAUGAGCAAAUCACGGAUCUAGUGGCCCGGGAGAGCUGCAACGGUACAGGAUGUUGCUCUAUUAUGCUGGGAGAAAGUGAUUUCGAUCUCAAGUUUGUAGCCCACAGGGUAGAGAAGGACCAGCCGCCACGCCAUAAGAGGAGCACCCUUUGGGAUAGAAUCAAUGUGACUUCCACGUCUUUUGGUCUCACUUGGACCAUCGCGGAUGAAACAUCAUGCUCCGCCGCAUUGGACAAUAUGACCAACUAUGCCUGCGUUAGCAGCCACAGCGUGUGCAUGCCUAACAACCUCGAGUCAAUAAUCGGUUACAUGUGUGCCUGUGAUGCAGGCUAUGCAGGCAAUGCUUAUAUAAUGAUGGAUGUUAUCGCGACAAAGGCUAUAAUCCAGUUCAACAGAAAUCUAAUUGCACUCGAAACUGCGGGAACAUCAGCGUUCCUUUUCCGUUUGGUCUAGAAGAAGGUUGUUUUGCUAGGGAGUCAUUUCAUCUCAAGUGCACAGACAUGACAUCAUCAACCCUGCAAUUUGGGUAUGAACGGGGAGACGAACAAUACAUAACUUACAUCAGUAUUAGCGAGGGUCAUGUGAGCUUUAAAUACACAUCAGAUUAUAUGGAACCAUUCAUCAGAUCGCUCAUAGAUAAUGAGCCUAAUCUCUACAAUGGUUUAGGGGAGUCCGCCUCUGUUCAGUGGGCAGUCGCUAAUCUAACCUGCCAGGAGGCACGUCUCAACAGUUCAGGGUAUGCUUGUGUGAGCGUCAAUAGCAUUUGCCUGGGCGUCAGCUCCACGAAUGAGUACACAAAUGUAUAUAUUGGUUAUCGUUGUAUGUGCAAGGACGGAUUUCAAGGAAACCCAUAUAUUCCAAGUGGUUGUGAAGGGCAAAAAUGGUUAUAAUAGGAGGAGAUGCGGGUGGCAAUGAAGGAGAUCGUUCUGGAAGUCAACCUCUUCGCCGGAACUCGAAGCGUCCUGCUAAUCGCCAGCCACGACUUGCGCAGAGUGUUGAGCAGGGAGAGGAUGUUGAGGAUGUUGAUCAGUUCCGUGUUGUAAAGCGGACUAGACGUGCAGCACUUGGCAAGGGAGCUGAGUCAUCUUCUAGGGCAGCAGUUGCUGGAGAAGCUAUCGCAUCUUCCGCAGCAGAUGCUGAGGGCAGCGGCGAAGGAGUUGAGGUGGCUCCAGGGGAAGAUGUGGAGCGACCAUCACAAGCAGGUAGGAUAAGGGCAUCACCAGCGCGCUUUGCAAAUUUCAACGCCUCUCUAACUCCACUACAGAAAUCAGAGCUAGUUUCGAGGUCGGUCGGGGGGCUAUUGAACUUAUCAGACACACUUCUAGCGGACCUCACUAAGUUCCUGGUGCAGUCCUACCAGCCACAGACCUCUGAAAUGGUUUUCCCAGGAAGGGGAAGGAUCCGUGUUGAUGCUGACAGUGUUCAGAGGGUAUUUGAUCUCCCAAACAAGGGUCCAAAAGUCAGAUAUUUAGUUGACAAGGAUGCCACUAGGAGAUUCAGACAGGCUUUCAACAUAACUGGAAAUUCUCAUCCCCAGAUCACUACAUGGCUCAAGAUGAUUGAGCAUAUGGCUAGAAGAACGGAUGACCCAUUUUUUAUGGCCUGGCUUGCGGUUGCCUUCAGUACUUUUCUAGCACCAACCACGGCCUUGAAGCUCAGCCCAAAGUGUUAUGGACUUGUGCUAGAUCAUCAAAUGCUAAAGAAUACAAACAUCUGCCUCUUUGUAGCAGAACACAUUAACGAAGCUUUCCGAAACAUGGACCAGGAGAAGCAAACUGUUUGCUGCUGCUUGUAUCACUUGAUGAUACUAUACCUUGAUGUGCUCGUACAUGACAUCCCAGUAAGCAACUGCGCGAUACGAUCGAAUGCAUGGGAUAGUACUCUAAUUGCCAAGGUGAUCAAGAAGGAUACUAUCUCUCCUGGUGUGUUCGGCAAAUUACAACUUAAAGAGGAGUAUAGAGGCACGGAGCAGACACCACUGUUUGGUGGAAUUUUGCAAGCUGAAGCAUUUGUGGCAUCCAAGUUACCAAUGACAUACAAUCCGCAGAAAAAGGCAAUAAUUGCGAAAGUGGUCAAUGAGCUAUGCAAGGCUGUAACUGAACAGGUUGGCACCUUCAUUAAAGAAGUUGCCAAGAUUGAUGACGAGGAACCAGAUAUUGAUCCUUACGUACAGCAGCCAUCAAUGCAAACUGGGGCAUCACGCCGUGCUCCAAAAAGAAAGAGACGGCGGUCAACUAUACAAGAAGAAGAAGAAUUUGUUGAGGAUGAUUCAGAAGAAGAUGAGGAAAUGGGAGCAGCGAUAGAUGCUGACGACGAUGAGGAGACAGAUGCGGAUGAAUCAGAGGAGGAGGACAAGGAUGAGGAUGACAAUGAAGAAGAUGCAGAGGAGGAGGAGGAUGAGGAGGAAGAGGAGGAGGAGGAGGAGGAGGAGGACAAACAAGAAGAGGACAAAGGAGAGGAGGAGAACAAGGAAGAAGAUAGUGAUGCAGAGGAGGAGGAAGAAGAAGGUGAGGCCAGAGAGGGGGACGGGGACAAAGGGGCAGCAGUUGAUGGCAGUGAGAGGGGAGAAGACAAAGGCGCAGCAGCUGAUGGCAGUGAGAGGGAAGAAGACGAGGAUGAAGAAGACGAGGAUGAUUAUGGUGAUGAUAAAGGGGGAUCCAAUGGAGGCAGCGACAACAGCUAUGACGAUGAUGAUGACAACGCUCCUGGUUCUGGUGGUACAGGUGGCAACACAUCCAGGAGGACUAGCACUCACGCCACCCCUGCGAGCAGCAGCAAUUCAUUGAGUAGCAGGAGCACACUACAGUUGUUGAUUGACAAGACUUGCUGGAAAGACAAGGAUUUGCCAAAGUCAAAGAAAAAUGACGAAGCAGAGUCUCAGGGAAGCAUUGAUAUGUUCAAGCUCUGCAACUUGAAGCCAGCUUUGCCAACCACCUUUCCCGUGCCAGAUUUCAGCGACAAAGAUAUGUGUGAGAAGAUCAACUUUGCCAUUGACAAGAGCCUGUUCUUAUCAACUGAUGCUGAAAAGAAUCAAAUUGACAUGGAGGAAGCAGGGAAGGGUCUUGACUGGGUUCAUUCAAAGCAAAAAUACAAGGAAUAUUUAAAGCAGCUCCCAGACCUAAGCUCCAGCAAGAGCAAGGCAGCAUCCACGGCAAACCCUCACGUGGUCCAGAAGUGUAAAGCAGUUUCAAUGAAGAAGAAUCUGCAGUUGCCUCAAACCAAGGAGAAGAUGGUGAGUGAAGAUGCUGAAGUAAAUAUGGUCAAGGAAGUUGUGCUUCAAACUGAUAUGCCAACAGUAGUGAGCAGAGAGCCAACCAAUGUCAGAGAAGUUCAACAGAUCAAGGGGAAGACUCCCCUUUCAACAGUCCCACCAAAACCACCUAAGCAAAAGAUUGUCAAGUUUGCCAGGGGCGCAAAGGGGGAGCAGGCCACAAAAGAUUUGGGGUUCAGAGACGAGAGAGAGCUGCGAGCCGCAGCCAUUGAUGCAGGGGUGCCAAGUUCUGCCAGGUUGCUGCCAACUCAGACUGGAAAGAUGCCAACUACAGAUACCAGUGUGCCAACUGAUGUGUCAGUUAGCAGUAUGGUCACAGUCAAAACCACCACAGCUGGUCAGGAAGGCACCACUGCAACUGCAAGUCCCAAGAUGCCUACUGAUAGAGAUGCUUCAAUGCCAAACACAAAAGGAGGUGAUCCAACUAUCAAAGUGCCGUCCCCAAGAGUUGUCUUUCAGCAACCAUUAACACAAGAGGAGGUGUUCGACAUUAUAAGUAGGUGCAAGCCUCCAAGGCCACCAACUACAACACUAUUGCGAACCAAGUCAGUGAAUGAUGCACCCAUGUUUGUGCCGCAAGGAGAUGCCCUGGUCCUUGAACCCUUACGAAGAUCAAACUCUUAUCAUGGUGACGGGUUCUGUGAUGCACCAUCUUUUGACCUCGGCAUAGAUGGUGAUGCUCCAGCACCUGCUCCAGCAGUAGAUACAGCAGAAGCCAGUGUGAUUAGCAUCGAUGAGUGUGAGUUAGACCCAGCAGCUGUGAAUAAAGGAUGUGAUGCUGCUGAUGUUGGCAAGGCAAUAUCUCAAGAACUAGAUGUUGGUUCACCAGAGAAUUGCCACACCCUGAUAUGCGCAGAACCAGAACUUGGCACGAGCAGUUCUUCGGGGCCACCUCUUGCACGAAGACAGAGGAGGGUAAGAAGGCCUGCAGCAUCUCAAAGGUCUCCAUUCAUCGACUACAACAAGAACAAGACUUUCAGCACCAAUGAGGUAGUGAACAAGCUUUACGCUGCCCUCUUGUAUUGGGUCAGGCAUCACAAAGGAGCAAAUGAUGGAGCUACCAGCCCUGAGAUAAUCAGGUAUGGUGCUUUCUACAUUUCUUUAAAGGAGUUCGUUGAUUCGAUGAAGCCGGUUCAAUGGUUGUCAAAAAUUGUUAUUGAGACCGGAAUCUUACACAUCACGGAUAACUUACCAGAAGGGUCAAAGAAGGUUGUUAUGCCACUGAGGUUUUCUAUAAAAUUACAGCAAGGGAUCCACAAUGUGGAUGAGAUGAACAAGAAGUUUGAUUACAAGAACCGUCUCGACAAGAAAGACUUGGUCAUGCUGCCAGUGCUCGAGUGCGCAGAUGUAACCGAUAAGGACGGAGGGAGGCAUUAUUGGGUCUUCAGUGUCAACUUGAGGGACGGACGCUUCGAAGUUCUUGAUUCAAGCAGGACGCUGGACAACAUUGAGCUGAUGAACAACGCCUCUACCAUUGCGGGGGCAGUACGCCAGCUAUGGAGGAAGCAUUACCCAAAGUUCAGCAUCGAGCACUUCCAGAUUAUUGACAUUGACGUACCGAAGCAGCUUGGCAAUAAUGAGUGUGGGUUAUUCGCACUGCUUAACGCCACCGAGUGGAAUGGUAGCCAACUGCCCAACUACGACCCCAAGGAAGUACUCAACAUCAGGAAGAAGAUGACGUAUGAUUGGGUCACCGGCGUGCACAACACCGCCCCAUGGAGGAAGUUGCUGAGAUACGACAAGGAGUUGGUCAGUACUAUUUUUUUUCUGCUCCAUGGAGGAAGUUUCUGGUUUGUACAAUUUUAUUAAGUAGAUUUUGUAGUUGCACACUGCUAGUAAUUGCGUUUGCAACUCAAUAUCAUCACUUUUGUUGAUACAUUAGGAGCACUGGAUAUACAAUUGUUCAACAACUAAAUAUUUAACCAGUUGCCAACAAAGGCACAAAUAGCAACUUUUUUUUACACAGUGCAUGAACUAAUUCAAGCAGCAUAAAUUAGAUAAAGAGGAAUCAUAGAUGUUGAAUGUGUCCACUUGGUCCCAACAUUGCUAAAAAAGACAUCAUUA